AUGCGACCACUUACGCCCCAUGUCACAACCCGCAGUCUAUCGACACACUCCCCCUCGAGACCUCGUAAUCUCCUACUCACCUUUGACGCCUUCGACACCCUUUUCUACCCACACCCUCCAGUACCAGAGCAAUACGCCGCCGUCGCGCAUGAAUUCGGUCUAUCGCGCACAGCAGUCACACCAGCCAGCGUUCUGGCCAGCUUCAAAGAUGCUUUCCGUGCACAAUGCAAGCAAUAUCCGAACUACGGCCGCGCCGAUGUUCUGCGCGGCGCGUACAAUGGUCCACAGCAGUGGUGGGGCGAGGUGAUCCGGGGGACAUUCACACGGAUCUUGAAAGAGCAGAACGCGGAUACCAGCAACCGCAACCCCGACGAGUCACUUCCAGCUGGACUGGAAGAUGCUCUUCUGAAACGAUUUGAGGGCGCACAGGGGUACGCGCUGUACGAUGACGUGGCGCCGUUCUUGGCGCGGAUGCGCACAAUCAGACACGCAGCCUCGCGGCCAUUUAACCGGGUAGUCCUUGGCGUUAUCUCCAACUCGGAUGAUCGCGUCCCUGCUGUGCUGAAGGCGCUGGGUGUACGGGUGGGUACGAUGCGCGCGGAUCAAGAUCGCGAGAGCCUUGCGUUGCCUGGGUUUGAGUACAGGGGCGGUGGUUCGCGUCCAGAAGAUGAGAGGAAAUUCUCCGAUCCGGACCCUGAUAUUGAUAUUGUUAUCACUAGCUACGAGGCUGGCGAGGAAAAGCCAUCGAGGGUUAUCUUUGAUGUCGCUAGGCGGCAGGCGGGCUUGUUGGGAAGUGCCUGUUCAAAGGACUCUGUGUCUACAGCUGCGGGAGCACAGGAUAAUUGGGUGUGUGUACAUGUCGGAGACGACUACCAGAAGGACUACUGUGGUGCGAGGGAUGCGGGCUGGGACUCUUACUUUCUCCCUCGCAGAGAAGGGCUAGGCCAUCCUGAUGCGAAGGCGAUACGCUCGCUGGUGGACUUAAUUGGGGUAUUGAAGAUGGAAGCCUAG